CCUCUUCUCCCAUCCAAACUCACAAAAAAACAAGACACCAAAGUUUCAGUUUCUCUCUAACGUUGUUGUUAAAUGACAGUAGAUCUGGUAGGUGCUGCCAAGAUGGGGAUGGAGGAGAAUAUAGCGAUACAAGAAGCAGCUUCCGCUGGGUUGAAGAGUAUGGAGCAUCUGAUUCGUGUGCUUUCUUCUCAAAUCCCUUCUUCUGCUUCGUCUUCUUCUAACGCACACCACCACCGUCUUAAUCUCAACCACCUUGACUGCACCGAAAUCACCGACUUCACUGUCUCCAAGUUCAAACAAGUCAUCAACUUGUUGAAUCGCACGGGACACGCUCGCUUUCGUCGCGCACCUUCUCAUCCUUCUCCUUCUACUUCUCUUCCUUCUCAACCUCAACCUCAACCACAACCACAACCAUAUGCACUGACUCUUGAUUUCGCAAAACCUGUUAUGCUAAAGUCAAAUCCCAACCCUAACCCUUCUUCUACCGAUUUGUCGGUUUCUCAAUAUUCUAAGACCAAGGACACCACCACCUUUAGUAUAUCUCCUCCCGUGUCCACCACCACCUCCUCAUUCAUGUCCUCCAUCACCGCCGACGGAAGUGUCUCCGACGGAAAGAUCGGCCCCGCCAUCAUCGCUGCCGGCAAGCCUCCUCUCUCCUCAUCCCACCGGAAAAGGUGUCACGACGCCACCCUCUCUGCCGGAAAAGCCUCUUCCUCCGCUCACUGCCAUUGCUCCAAGAGAAGAAAAUCUCGUGUGAAACGAAUGAUACGUGUGCCGGCGAUAAGUUCGAAGAUUGCCGAUAUCCCAGUGGACGAGUACUCAUGGCGAAAGUAUGGUCAAAAACCAAUCAAAGGUUCACCUUACCCGCGAGGGUAUUACAAGUGCAGUAGCGUGAGAGGGUGUCCGGCGAGGAAGCACGUUGAGCGAGCCCAGGAUGACCCCAACAUGCUCAUCGUUACCUACGAGGGAGAGCACCGUCAUCCGCAACCGCGUCUGCCGGAAACUGCUGCCGGUGCCGGCGCCGGCGGGACUUUUGCCGCUCAUCCUGUUUAAGCGACGGUGGAGAUCGGGAAAGUAUGGCACCGACAGAGAUGAGUGAUAACCGCCGUUUGCAAUUAACGGGGGGAAGUUGUAACCGUAUAUUGUAACAGUGGGAGGAAAAGAAAAAAAAAAAAAAAAAAAAGGGAACUUAUUGCAAGCGAGGGAAAGAAAAGAAAAAGAAGCAAAGUCAACUUUUGCUAUGUUUGGUUUGGUUGGGACCUUUGUGGACCAAAAGAAUCGUCUACUAGAUGGAUAGGGACCUUUUCUGUAAAUUUGACAAAAAAAAACUAUGAAAUAGUAGUAAUAUACUUACUUUUUUUUUA